AUGGCCCAAGUUAGUAGUGAGUUUAUCUUCUUCAAGGUCAAGUGCGAUGUCGAACCGGAAGAUCCUGCCAACGAGCUGGGCGAGGGCCUGAUGAGGGUUUUCCGCGCCACCAAACAUCAAAGUGGCCACCAUAGCUCGGCAUGGGGUCGCACGGUGGAAGAUCCGAAUAUGUUAGUAUGGGUGAUCGAAUGGACCGAUGCCCGCUGCGCAAUAACCUCGUGCCUUUUGAAGCCCUUCCUCGUCGAAGAAGACCAGCCUAUAACUGCAAUAUAUGCCACCCUCAGUCCACCCAUCGGUAGCACCGAGACGUUGACUAAGAACCCGGUGACCGAGCUCUGUUUCCUGGCAUUCCCCAAUAACAUGUCGGCAUGCGAGACCCGUCAGCUAGACGCUGAGUUGAUCAAUUUCCGUACCGCGUUGGUCGUGCAGCUACCACAGGAAAUGGGGCCGCGGUCCUGGUCAAUGGGCCACGUGGAUCGGCCGAGUACGGUGAAGCAUGGUACCAGUCCGAACGGCCUGGCGACUGUGCAUUUGCUUGCAGUGGGAUGGGAGACCAUGGAGGCCCAUGACGAUGCCAAGAAGACGAAGGAAUUUGUCGAUGCCAUCGCGCCGAUUCGAGAGAAGCUGCUUCUUCCCCCUGUACCUGAUAUGGAGGUGAAACAUGUCAGAUUCCAAAAACUCUAG